GCCUGUGUCAGUCAAUGGGAGGGGUGCACCGCUAAUUUCUAUAUGCCUGUAUGACAAUUUAAGAGCCAGAUUGCGUUCUCGUGCGUCGCUGUUCAGCAGCAGCAAGCCUCACUGGACGUCAUCAACCUCGGUCCUGGAUUUGUUACUCAGAUGAGACGCUCGAGACGUGCGUCUACCUGCCUAUACACUGAACCUUUGGACAUCGCUGCCACUUAAAGCGCAUCCGCACACUUCAGUCUCGUGGUCUUUUUUGCUUCUGAAGUGAGCUGCGGUGUGUUAAGUCAGCGCGCCCGAGGGAAGGCACAUCACAAAAAAACUUUAAGGAAGACUUUUGCAACUUUGUAGUGUGCAUCGCCGUGAGUUCAUGUGGUUGGUCAUCUGACAGAAGCGGACUAUUUCUCUGGGGGAACUUAAUUGAAAGCUUUUAUUUUUUAUUUUUAAAAACAUGUUCAGCAAGUGCUCCGUUGUGUUAUUGAAUGUCCUUUUUCUGGUGCGGGCGCUCUCGGCUCACGAGUGCACGCCGUGUAAUCUCCGCACUUGUCCCGUCAAAGCGCUACACAGCUGCGAGGGUGGCCGGACCCCGGCCAGGGAUCCGUGCGGAUGCUGUGACCAGUGUGCCCGGCUGGAGUGGGAAACCUGCGGCGGACAGGACUGGGCGCACGGCUACUGCGCCUUGGGGCUGACCUGCGCCUCUGUUAACAAAACAGGAGCAGCCGCAAUCCCUGAAACUGGAGUAUGUAAAGCGCUCCCUAAGCAUCCAGAGGCAGGCCUGGAGGACGAGCGCUGUCCCCUGAUGACAGGCUGCGAAAGAGCCGGAGGUCAGUGUGUGUGCGAUGCCCGUCACUCUUGCUUGGGCUCUUUCCACUACCCGGACCAGGAAACGUGCAUGAAGGCCAGCAAGUCAGAGGGUCGAAGGCACGAGCACCGGGAAAGACACAGAGAGAAGUAUGUGGGACCAUCCAACCCGGCCUGCAUGUUCUCUGGGUGUAACCUGACCACCGAGGGCUGUGUGUGUGAGUCCCAGAGCUGCCAUCACCACUUCGCCUACAUCAACCGCAGCCAGUGCCAGGAAGCUGCAGAGGAGCUGAGGUGUGCCGGGGUGAUGUGUCCUGCUCUGUCAGUGCCCUCCUGCCCUAAGGGUUCAGUCCUGACCAAGAGUUACACGCCCCCUGCUGGUUGCUGCCCCUCCAUACUGCCCCAGUGCACUUGCGACCUCCGUGCCUGCCACAAGCUCCAGUGCCCGAGCGGACAGCGCGCCGUGCCGCUCCGCCAGGCCAGCGGCCAGCCAGGAGACUGCUGUGAUGUCUUCGAGUGCCAGAAAGUCUCUCCCAAGUGUGUCCACAAUGGGAAGGAGUUUUCUGAGGGACAGGUGUAUCGCAUGGACCCCUGCUGGCUGUGUCAGUGCCGGGGAGGAAUCUCCUUCUGCUCCAAGGCAGAGUGCGCUGAGCUGAACUGUGAAAACUUCUACAUUCCUGAGGGCGAGUGUUGCCCUGUCUGCAUAGAUGUGGAGUUACUGUCGAUGGACAGCACAAAGGCCAGUUGCUGGGUGAAUAACAAGCUGCGGCCCCACGAGGAGCAGUGGAAAGAGGACGACUGCACCUUCUGCCAGUGUGUGGAUGGAGAACCACACUGCACAGCCAUGGCCUGCAAACAGAGCUGCCAAUACCCUGUGAAGAUCCCCGGAGAGUGCUGUCCCUUCUGUGAAGAGCCUUCUUAUGAAACAGUUAGCCCCCUGGUAUGCCCUCCCCUGGAAAACUGCUCCCUGUCAGGGAAUGACUGCCCCUACGGCUUUCAACCAGACAUAAAUGGAUGUCUGCUCUGCCAGUGCCUCAACAAUGACUCCUGCCCUGACCUGGGAAAAUACUGUUCCCUCCAAUGCCCAGUGGGAUACAAGACAGAUGAUUUCGGCUGUGAGGUGUGUGAAUGCAGCACUCCCGUGUCCAAGUGCCGCCCCUUGACCUGCACUAAGACCUGCCCCUAUGGAUAUGUGAGGAACAAGCAUGGCUGUGAGAUGUGUCGCUGUAUCAAGUGUCCUCCCUUCACCUGUGACAAGCACUGCAACGACGGCUAUAGACAGAACAGGAAGGGCUGCUCCAUCUGCAUGUGUAAAGAAAGUGGCCGCGUCCCAAGCACCACUGCCCCUGCCCCGAUUCCCCGCUACUGCCUCACCUCCAACGGGCACCGAUACGAGGAAGGCGACGGCUGGCACGACGGUUGUCGUGACUGCUACUGCCACUCCGGACGGGAGAUGUGCGUGCUCAUAUCCUGCCCCGUGCCCAGCUGUUCUCAUCCAGUUGUGAGGCCUGACCAGUGUUGUCCUACCUGUGAGGAUGAGUCAGGCAGCGGUCAGCUAGAGGGGAUGGACAUGGUGGUGUGCAGAGCACCUGGGGGUGAAUUCUAUGUGGAGGGAGAAACCUGGAACCUGGACGAGUGCACACGGUGCACCUGCAGGAAGGGACGUGUCCUGUGCGACACCGAAGUGUGUCCCCCGGCUCUCUGCCAGACACCGAUCAGGAACAAGGACACCUGUUGUCACGUAUGCCCAGAGGAGACGCUGAGCCCCUUGCUGCCAGUGAACAACAGCCAGCAGGAGUACUGCAUAACCAGCGAUGGAGACGUGCUGCUGUCUGGGGACUCCUGGAAGGCCAACGCCUGCACCAGCUGCACCUGCAACAACGGCACCAUUCAGUGUUUCUCUCAGCGCUGUCUGGCUGCCAACUGCAGGGUGCCCGUCUUACGCAAGGGCCAGUGCUGCCCACACUGUCUCGAAAUUACAACGCCGGUGACGGUGUCUACCAACGCCCCCAAGACAACAGCUGCCAUUACAGUGAAGAGUGCGGUGUGGAUCACCACUGUCACUGUACCGCCCAUCACUGCUGAUACAGAUGAGCGAGGUUUGGGUGAGAAUUACCCCAGCCAAACGGAGAUGGCCGUCAUCUACCAAUCAGCCGCCUGGAUCCUGGCAGGUCUCCUCCUGGCCAUCAUCAUCUUCAUCGCUGUGGCGUUACUCAUCAACAAGAAAAAGAAGUGGGUGCAGAUGUCCUGCUACAGUGCACCAAAGAAGACGGUGAUCCUAAAGAAGCACGUCAACAAGAACUCAGUGGUCUACAUGGAGCCCUCCAAGGAGAACAAAUUUCAGAAUGUGAAGAACGAGUGCGGCAUCAUCCAUUUCUCUCCAGGAAUGAGCUCCUCGUGUGCGGACAAGAUGACCAUCCCCAGGGCCAAGCUGAGCAUGGGCAACAACUGGACGGCGCGCUAAAGAAAGAAAAAAAAAACGCAGCUCAGACUCUGCAGAUCAGAGCUGUCCGCCACCUCCCACUCUCUCUUACUGCUGUAUCCAUGGUGACUGGUGCACACACACACACACCUUGGACGUCGCUGCCUUGUUCCCACCCUUCUUGUCUGUGUGAACCUGAGGAUGCUCUGCAAGAGACAAAGCAUGCGACUUCCAUUUCUUUUAAUACAUGUCCAUAUUCUUUCUUUUUGGUGGAGCGAGACGAUGGGAGGUGUACGGACGGGUGGACAUAUAAAGGACACAGCCACUCCGUUGCUCUGCUUUAAAAUAUAGAGGGAGGCAGCCAAAGAGGCUCCUCUGUAUGAAUCAGAAUUUGACUGUGAACAUUGUAAUAUUAUUGCUUGUCAUAGCCUCCUUUGAAACUGGAACUUUGAGGCAAUAAGAGGAGCAUAAAAAGCUUUAGGACAGGGGUUUGGGCCGUAGUUAAAAGGGGGCGUAGAGGAUGCGGCCCUCCCCCUGAGUUCAGCAGUGCUUCGUGGAUGUAAUCAUUUUCAUUAGCAGGGAGGCCAAAGGAACUGAUAAUCCAGUUGGAUCAAAUUGGGUUCAGCAGCCAAAUCAAGUCAACAGGCUUUAUACAGACCCCCAGAUCCAACCCCCUCUUUAGAAUGUGUGGUUUCCGUCUUAGUUUUUGUAUAUUUCCAAGGUAUUUGUACUAGUUGUAGUGUUGUUCUUGGCCACCUCUCGUUUUUAUAAUGGGUGUCUCCGCGGGGUCAGAUUGAAACAUUGUGAAAUUACCAAGUCUAAACAUUCCCGCGAUCAAUAUUCAGGAAGGACACGCUUCCCAAAUAAUAGCCUCGUUUCUACCUUCAAAUGAGCCGAGUCGUUCCAUUUACUAAACUCCUUGUCCGCAAUACAGUAGCCAAUCGGCUUCAUCUUUCCCCUCAGCCUCAUCCGACCUGGGCUCUUCCAGAAGGACUCAGUCGUACUUCAUUACAAAAAAAAGCACAGAGUUUAAGUGGAGUGAUGUUCAUCCAUUUUAUUUACUGCAGCGUGGUGCCAGACGCUUCAUCUGGGCCCAUGAGGAAUGCGAUACCAUGCCUCCCUUCAUAACUUCAUGCACAGCUGUGUGUGUGGAGCUACUGUUCACACUGAAUGUUAGAGAUAGUUAAUACUGAUUCAUUUUAAAGCCUUAAUUCUAUAGCCUUAAUGCAUAUCUUGUUAUCAUUCAAUAUCUGUGUUCGCCCCUAUCAAGGAAUCUAAAAGCAGUAAUAUAUUCACCCAAUAUUAAGAUGCAUAGAUAUUGUUGUCCAGCGUGACUGAUAGUUCUCAUCAACCCUUCACAUAAACAUGAAUUAUGUGCCGUGGAAGAGUGUAUGGGGAGCUCGCUAGUAACUGUACACACUGAUACACGUUACAGAGCAUUUUAAAGAGACGUAGCACUUUUCUUUGGAGCCAGUGUGUUUUUUUUUGUUUUUUUAUAGAGAGCUCCCUGCAGGAUUCUUGUGGGGAUAAAGUCCCUAAUCAGGGAUUUGAUAGGCAUAUUAAGCCCACGGAGAUGUUAAACCACUCAAGUGAACACGCUGUUGCAGCUAAAGGCUCCACACCGAUCUGAUGAGUACAGGGAAGGAGAGAAUCUGAGGAGCGUUACGAAACAAACUGGGGUUUCAUCGGAAAAAGGUUUUGGAUCAGAGUUCUCAAUCCAUUGCCAACUUUCUCAAUACAAAGACAUUUCCCGUUGCCAAAAUUGGUUGGAGACCAAUUUAUAUUGAAGUGUUUCAGUAACUCAGUAGAUUUGUGUCUGUUUGAAUCAUGACCAUGUGCUUUAAAAUGAAGAGGCGACUGUCAAAGCUUAGCAAUUCUUUUUUUUUUCUUCUGAUAAAAAAAAAAAAAAAAAAAAAAAAAAAAGUAGUUUAAAUUAG